AGUAAUGAAAUAGGCAGAGGGCGAUUUUCCGCAGCGUGUUGGUCCGACCCCAAGGGCUAGCGCAGAGACCGCGCAGCGAAAAACUUUCAGCCAUGGAUAUUUCAAUGCACCUCAUUUUCUUUUGAUGCCGUUCUCUUUGCUAUGGACCGUAUCACUUUGUCGCAGUUCAUAUAAGUGAUUUAUAGGCUUCCCCCGAGAAAAUGUCACCUUUGCAGAUUCCAUUACUCAACAGCAUCUAUUUUUCCUAAACUUCAGUCGGGCUACAGAAGAGUGGGGGCACUUCUGUUGUUUUUUCGGCACCAAGUCUACAACACGAAGGUCCUUCCUGGUUUGCUCUGUGCUCUUCCUCCUCAGGGAGUUUGUGGCCAGAGGUGCUGCAGCUGGAGCCACCCUGCACUGCUGGAGCUUCCAGGAAUGACGGGGCCAACCCAUCGCAGCCGGCCCCCUCGCAGCACCUGACCUGACUCACCUGACCCAUCAUGGAGCUCAAGGUCUGGGUCGAUGGGGUCCAGAGGGUUGUUUGUGGGGUCACAGAGGCAACCACCUGCCAGGAAGUGGUCAUCGCUCUUGCUCAAGCCAUAGGCCGAACUGGGCGCUAUACACUGGUGGAGAAAUGGCGGGACACAGAGCGCCACCUGGCCCCCCACGAGAGCCCAGUGGCAUCCCUCAACACCUGGGGCCAGUAUGCCGGUGACGUCCAGCUGAUCCUGCAUCGCACGGGCCCCUCCCUGACCGAACGGCCCCCCUCCGAGGGUCCCUUGCUCCGGGGUCCGGAACGCGGCCCACACCGGCAGAGCCUCCCCCCGCUCGCCAAGCUCCGCCAUCCCAGUGAGCACGCCCUCCAUCGCCGCGAGCCGCGCCGCAAGUCCCUCACCUUCACCGGCGGGCCCCGGGGCCUCCGGGACAUCCUGAGUGGAGGCCGGGUGGGGGAGGGGAGGGAGUUUGAGGCCAAACGACGUCUCCUAUUCCAGGGGAAUGGUGGUAACCAGAACCACCACCACCAUGCAGCAGCGGCAGCCACAGCGGUAGCCCCAGGAGGAGCAGUGUCCCCCGGCAUGUGGGCCUGCCGCAUGGAGGACCUGGUCAGACUGGUGGGGCUCCAGAGAGAGACUCUGGCCGUGCUGGAGAAGAGGCUGGAGGCCUACGAGGCUGAACUGCAGACCUGGGGGGGACGAAGGGGAGAGGAGGCUAGAGGAGCAGGGGGGCUGAUGGAGGAGAUAGUGAGGCUGGAGAGACGACUGAGGAAGAACGAAGUGGAGAUGGAGGAAGAGGAGUUCUGGGCCAGCGAGCUGCAGAUUGAGCUGGAGAGUGAGAGGCAGCUGGAGGACAGGCUUGAGGAGCUGAGAGGGCGUCUUCAGUGUGCUCAGGUCGAGCUGGGGGACAGGAUGGCUCUGGUACAGGGUGUAGAGGCCGGUCUGGAGGAGGAGCGUCUGCAGAGGGAGAGACAGGAGACUCAAAGGGUGAGCGAGGUGGAGGCCAAGGCGCAGGUACUCAGAGCCCGCACGGAGCUCAAGGCCCAGGACAGACAGUCUGUCCAGCUGGAGAGCAGCUGCAGAGCCGUGGACAGGUCCCUCGGCCUGAGUGGCAAGAGACUGCAGGACAUGCAGCAUGAGCUGGAGCAGCUGACCAAGGAGCUGAGACAGGUCAACCUGCAGCAGUUUAUCCAGCAGACUGGCACCAAGGUCACCGUGCUGCCAGCCGAGCCCAGUGAGGAAGAGGAGGAGACUACCCACACCGGACAGGGCACAGACUUGGUUCCUCUGUCUGGUUCCCUGAAGCGUCCCGUCUCCUUUCACCCGAUGCCUGGUCACCUUCGGGUCCUGCACAGUCCGCUGACAUCUGGCCUAAACCCAGAAGGGAUCUACGUGUAAGAGAAAAGAGGGCACACUUGUGGUGGCUUUGUUCCUCUGCUAGAUGGACACCUGAAAACACCCUAAAGGCAACCUGGUUCCACUAAGACCUGAUCCCAGAUCUGUGUGUGCUUUAGCCAACUCCUCAACACCCAGUCACUCCUAGUCAAAUAAGUUGGCUAAAUACAGAUCUAGGACCAGUGCUAAAGGAUUCCCUGUGAUGUGACAUCCAAGUACAGGUUACCUCAGUAGCACUCUCCGGUCCAUUCUCUGUUCUGUUACCUACAUAUCAUGGAGAACAGGAACACUUAAAGAGAUCAUAUUGUUAUAGGCCGUUGUGUACAAGCACUCCAAGUCUCCGACAUGGGCCAACAUAUGACGAUGAUAGCUCCAAUGAUGAAGGAAAAACUAUUGGUAACAUAUCUGACUGCAGGGCGCUUGAAUGGACAGACAGAGAUAGUUGAAAUAGACAAUAUAGCAACAGACAUGAGCACCGUGUGUCAUAGCCCGAAUGGUUUUCUGUCUAUUUAAACCUUGGAACUAAAAGUGAUGCGUCAUUAUCAUCAUCAGCGUCAUCGUAGUUUACAUCCCUUGAAGGUGUAUGCAAUUACUUUAUUUUCAUUUUAAUAAAUAAAGAAGUUUUUAAACGUUAAUAUUUUAUCCAUUAUAUCAAGAUACAGUAAAGAGGUUCGAUACUAUUUUUUAUGAAUGUUUGCAUUUUGGAAAAUAUCGCUCCAAACUGAAAAACUUGCUGUUGAAAUCUGUGAACUAUACACUACCAGUCCAAAGUUUGGACACACCUACUCAUUCAAGGGCUUUUCUUUAUUUGGACUAUUUUCUACAUUGUAAAAUAAUAGUGAAGCUAUGAAAUAACACACAUGGAAUCAUGUAGUAACCAAAAAAGUGUUAAACAAAUCGAAAAUACAUUUUAUAUUUGAUAUUCUUCAAAGUUGCCACCCUUUGCCUUAAUGACAGCUUUGCACACUCUUGGCAUUCUCUCAACCAGCUUCACCUGGAAUGCUUUUCCAACAGUCUUGAAGGAGUUCCCACAUAUGCCGAGCACUUUUUGGCUGCUUUUCCUUCACUCUGUGGUCCAACUCAUCCCAAACCAUCUCAAAUGGGUUGAGGUCGGGUGAUUGUGGAGGCCAGAUCAUCUGAUGCAGCACUCCAUCACUCUCCUUCUUUGUAAUAUAGUCCUUACCCAGCCUGGAGGUGUGUUGGGUCAUUGUCCUGUUGAAAAACGAAUUAUAGUCCCACUAAGCACAAACCAGAUGGGAUGGCAUAUCGCUGCAGAAUGCUAUGGUAGCCAUGCUGGUUAAGUGUGCCUUGAAUUCUAAAUAAAUCACUGACAGUGUCACUAGUAAAGCACCCCCACACCAUCACACCUUCAUUGUGGGAACUACACAUGCAGAGAUCAUCAAGCAAAUCUAUUCUUCUUAUUGGUGUCCUUUAGUAGUGGUUUCUGCCAUGAAGGCCUGAUUCACGCAGUCUCCUAUGAACAGUUGAUGUUGAGAUGUGUCUGUAACUUGAACUCGGUGAAGCAUUUAUUUUGGCUUAAAUUUCUGAGGCUGGUAACUCUAAUGAAUUUGUCCUCUGCAGCAGAGGUAACUCUGGUGGUCCUCAUUAGAGACAGUUUCAUCAUAGCACUUAGUGGUUUUUGCGACUGCACUUGAAGAAACUUUCAAAGUUCUUGAAGUUUUCCGGAUUGACCUACAUUUAUGUCUUAAAGUAAUAAUGGACUUUCAUUACUCUUUGCUUAUUUGAGCUGUUCUUGCCAUAAUAUGGAAUUGUUCUUUUACCAAAUAGGGCCAUCUUCUGUAUACCAUCCCUACUUUGUCACAAUACAACUGAUUGGCUCAAAGGCAUUCAGAAGGAAAGAAAUUCCACAAAUGAGCUUUUAACAAGGCACACCUGUUGUGUGAAAUGCAUUCCAGGUGACUACCUCAUGCAGCUGGUUGAGAGAGUGCCAAGAGUGUGCAAAGUUGUCAUCAAGGCAAAGGGUGGCUACUUUGAAGAAUCUCAAAUAUAACAUGUAUUUUGAUUUGUUUAACACUUUUUUGGUUACUACAUGAUUCCAUAUGUGUUAUUUCAUAGUAUUGAUGUCUUCACUAUUAUUCUACAAUGUACAAAUAGUACAAAUACAGAAAAAUCCUUGAAUGAGUAGGUGUGUCCAAACUUUUGACUGAUACUGUAAAUUUGAAGAGUUUAGUGAUUCUGUGGUAAAUAAUUGUAUUUUAUCCAGUGUAUUAAUUGAUGUAUGGACUGCGUUGAGUCCUGGAUGAGAUGUCUAUACAGUGGCCCUAUGGGGCAAAGUAACUUUUAAAGGAUGUCUGUUUCUGAAGCAUUUAUGCUCACAUCAACCAACAGGCAGACUGUUUCUGCUCUGCUCUGUUCUGAUUCUCAUUAUACACUAUGCACAGUUAUACAACCAAUGGUUCAAGGCUUUGUUACUGAAGAAAGGGGUAGAUGGUAGCCUAUGAACUGUCCAAAAGUGCUGAUAUGUCACUUAUUGUUACGAUAUGUGAAAUGUCAACGGAUAUAAUCACUUAUUGAAAUAUUAGAAUACUGUAGAUAGUAUGAAGUUCGGUCACCAUUCACAUGUAUUUCCAAUUGCUGAGGAAGAAGCAGAACUGUGUAUGUACACUUAUGCAGUAUUGUUAAUGUAACAGUAUGAAAUGAACCGACAGCGUUAGUUUUCUCCUUUAUCUUGUGUUGAAAAUAUGUAUUACUUUGCCAAAAUGUUUAAUCUUAUUCAUCUGUAAAGAAAUGGGACCAAAGAUUAGAGGUCUUAUUGCAUGUGUUUGUUUUUUCCAAGUAGCCAUAUCUGAAUACUUAUUCAAACCUAAGGGCUCCAUUUCAUCAACAGGGCUGAAGACCUGUGCUACAGGACGAUAGCAAUUUAUAAGCAAUGUUCCUGCAUUCGCGGGGAUUGCCUUCAUGGUAAACGCUGCAUAUGUCGUCUCAAUGGGAAAUGACCUUUACAUUUCAAUCAUGCUACAGGGCAGAUCUUCAGCGCUACGGAUUAAAUCCAGCCCUAAGUAACACUAAAACAACUUCUGUUAGAUCCUAAGAGGGAGUGGUUUGGCUCAAUUGACAGAUAUGGAAAACUAGACUUGUCCCAGGGCCUGUAUUCAUAAAGUGUCUUAGAGUACAAGUGCUGAUCUAAGAUCGGUUUUAUCUUUUAUAGCAAAAUGAAUAUGAUUAUGUGGACAGAGGGGACCUGAUCCUAGAUCAGCACCCAUACUCUGAGAAGCUUUGUGGAUAAUGACCAAGAUCCGUUUUUCAUGUCUUGCCAAUUCCUUGGCGUGACAAUGACUAGAGGAGUUGCCAAAGCAGCACAAACUGAUCUGGAACCAGGCUAAUGUAACACUAUAGCACUGACUAAAACCUGAUAAAACGAGUUGAUCAAAUGGACACAUUUUAAUGUGAUGUAUGCAACAGUUGCCCUCAUUGUACCGAACACCUCUUAUUGGUUUUGAUAAACUAAUGGUUCUGUGCUACUCAGCUUUUAAUAAGUUCUUAACAAGUGCCUUAUACUCAUACUUAUUUCUGCAUAUACUGUAUACGACUAAUGUCAAGCUUUACCGGGGAUUAUUCCAACAAUGACCCUGCUCUGUUCUAGGCUGGUCUCAGAUGUGUUUGUAGUCUUGCCAAUUCCUAUACUCAUUGUUAUGCCAGUGACCAAUAGGAGUUGGCAAUACAGCACAAACACAUCUGUGACCAGGCUAGCUCUGUUCAUUGUGCGGGUAAGAUGUUUAUUGGAAAAAUAGGUAGUUAAGAAACCACUUGUAUGUUUCCAUAGGUUGUUUCGGUCAGUGUUUAACAUUUGUGUCCUGUGCUCUCCCAUGUUAAGAAAUCAACUGUACAUACAUGUUUUAUUUUUCUGCCUUAAUUCACAGCAAAUUGUUCAGAGAUGUAUGGCUACUGGCUGCUGAUAUGACAUGGAUUGCAUUAUUAUAAUAAAACAAUGUGACAAAC